AUGAGGACUGUGGGGGCCAGCCUUUUCCUCCUCUUCUUCCUCCUUCAGGUGGUCGCAGGUGCCACAGGUGAGUGGAAAGGGCCACUGUACUGUGAGGGAGGUGAGACAUAAAGAUUCAAGAGCGCUGCUGGGCUGGGUCAUCUAAGGGCAGCUCUAGAGAGAACAGCCCUCUGUUUCAGGGAGAGGGGAAGCUGGUGCUCUCCUGUUGCUGCUGAAGCUCAUGGGAGUCGGAGUCUAAGAACAUGGCUGAACUACAGCUCCCAUCAUCCCUGCCCAUUGGCCAUUCCGACCGGGGCUGAUGGGAGCUGGAGUAUCAGGCGGCAGAGGAACCAACCCCCAAGGCAGGUCGCCAGGAACGGAUAAGACAAGGAAAAGUCCUUACCAUCUGCUUUUAUUCAAUAUUUACAGAGAGAGAGAAUGUUUAGAAGAUUACCGUAUUUUUUGCUCUAUAAGACUCACUUUUUCCCUCCUAAAAAGUAAGGGGAAAUGUGUGUGCAUCUUAUGGAGCGAAUGCAGGCUGUGCAGCUAUCCCAGAAGCCAGAACAGCAAGAGGGAUUGCUGCUUUCACUGCGCAGCGAUCCCUCUUGUUGUUCUGGCUUCUGAGAUUCAGAAUUUUUUUUUUCUUGUUUUCUUCCUCCCAAAACUAGGUGCGUCUUAUGGUCUGGUGUGUCUUAUAGAGCGAAAAAUAUAGUAUACGUUAAAAUAUUUUUCUAAGAAAGAUGUGCUAAUAUGCUUAGGGUAAGAAUGUAAAGUAUAUGUACGAGCUGGAAAAGGAAAGAGAUAAAAGAAGUACAAACAACGAUAUAUUUGGAGAAUGCAAGGAUAAAUGUGGAGAUAGAGAUUUAAAGAAGUCGAAUUGUGGCGGAGAGAAGCCGCGGGUGGGGGUGGGGGAAAUGCUAUGCAACAAGUAUAUUUGUUUUCAAUAUUUCUGAACUGUGUUUCUUUGUUCUUUUUAAAUUUCAUCCCCCCCCUUCUGUUGAUGUUCUGUUUUUGCUGUAUUAUUAAAAUAAAAUAAAAUAAAAAAAAAUAUUUACAGAGAGAGGGUUGGAAAUGCAGCCUCUUGGAAUAAUGGCGCUGCCCGGAGUAAAUCUCCCCUCCCCUUCUCUCCCACAUCCUAAUUCGUCAUCCUUUCUACGGAUGGCGCUGAGGCCCCUUUGCUUCUGAGCACUUUGCUCUCCUACUUUUAAGGCUCGCCGGGUUCUGGGAGAUGGUGGGUCUGGAAUGCUUUCUAGUGAUAACGUGUCAGCCAGCUGCUCUGGUUCUGCCCGCUCAUCCUCCUCCUCCUCUCCCAUUAUUUCCCAACUUUCCCCCUCAUCUUCCUCUGAGCUGUGAGCUUCACUCAAACCCCUGUUGUAAUUUUGAGCUGCCUCCUUCUUCUCUGGAAGAGUCAGGCUGGGGAAGCAGUCACCCCCAUUCCAUGCCCUUGCACCCUGGCCUGACUUGCAGUCUUCCCAUGAAGGCAUAAGGUUGGGCCCUCUGAGAAGAGGGUUCUGGAUUAGAUGGGCCCCUUGGCUUGAUCCAGUUUGAACAGUGCCAACAAAGAGCCCCAAAGAGCCCCAAGUUACAGGGAACCAGGCAGAGGGCCUUCUUGGUAGUGGCACCCGCCCUGUGGAACGCCCUCCCACCAGAUGUCAAAGAGAAAAAUAACUACCAAACUUUUAAAAGACAUCUGAAGGCAGCCCUGUUUAGGGAAGCUUUUAAUGUUUAAUCGGUUAUUGUAUUUUAAUGUUUUGUUGGAAGCCGCCCAGAGUGGCUGGGGAAACCCAGCCAGAUGGUCGGGGUAUAAAUUAUUAUUAUUAUUAUUAUUAUUAUUAUUAUUAUUAUUAUUAAAUGUACAUAGAGUUCCAGGGCUGAGGGCCUUCUGGUGGUUCCCUCAUUGCGAGAAGUGAGGUUACAGGGAACCAGACAGAGGGCCUUCUCGGUAGUAGCGCCCGCCCUGUGGAACGCCCUCCCUUCAGAUGUGAAGGAAAUAAGCAGAUAUCUUCUCUUUAAAAGACAUCUGAAGGCAGCCCUGUUUAGGGAAGUUUUUAAUAUUUAAUGCUGUAUUGUUUUUAACACUCGAUUGGGAGCCGCCCAGAGUGGCUGGGGAAACUCAGCCAGAUGGGCGGAGUAUAAAUAAUAAAUUUAUUAUUAUUAUUAUUAUUAUUAUUAUUAUUAUUAAUCUGCUCAUCUCUAGGGCAGAGGGAGAGAGCUCAGUUGGCAGAGCAUGGGGCUCUUAAUAUCAAAGUCGUGGGUUCGAGCCCACCUUGGGCAAGAGAUUCCAACUGGGGGUUGGAAUAGAUGACCCUCAUGGUCCCUUUCAACUUUUCUAUUAUUAUAUUAUCAUUAUUAUUAACAAUAGGAUCCUGCCUUUCCGCCUGUAUUAGCGUCAAUUCAGGAAAUAACAGACCCUCCAAGUGUCCUGAUUUCCCAGGGACAGUCCUGGAAUUACAGAAGUCCCAGUUUCUGAUUUGAUCCCAGACUGUUACGCUUGUCAUUUUUGAAGGAUGUCCCUAUUUUCAUCGGAGAAAUGUUGGAGGGGGUGCAAGCUAAGGGACACUGGUGCUGUCCUCAAGGUUGAGGCCUUGUAGUGUUAAUGUUUCCAGUGUGUACAACCAGAAUUUCUCCUUUUUUUUGUUUUUAUACUAAUGUUGAGGGAUCUGUGGGCGUCCCUACAACAGUUAUAGCAAUUAACUGCAAUAGCAAUUAACUAGUUUAUGAUUAGCUGCACCCUUCCCAAACCCAGAUGUGGUGAGCUGAAGUUAAGAUAGGAAAAAAGAGAAACCGCAAUUAUUAUUUUGUAAUUUGUUGAAAUAAUACCUCGCCUUUCCUCCCCAAGGGAGCCCAGGGCACAAUUUAAAAGCACAAACACAACAGAAGCAUCUUAAAACAGUUAAAACAUUCCAAAAGCAAUUUAUGUUAAAAUAAAAUAAAAUAAAAUACAAACAUUCUAAAAGCAGUUACGGCUAAAAGCAGUCUUCCAUCCAGGUAUCUUGAGUUGCCUGGAACAGUAGCCUUCAGUCAGCAAAUGCCCUGGCUAAACACAUAACCUCCAACAUUUCUCCGAUGAAAAUAGGGACGUCCAAGGGGACACGGGUGGCCCUGUGGGUUAAACCACAGAGCCUAGGGCUUGCCGAUCAGAAGGUCAGCGGUUCGAAUCCCCAUGACGGGGUGAGCUCCCGUUCCUCGGUCCCUGCUCCUGCCAACCUAACAGUUCGAAAGCACGUCAAAGUGCAAGUAGAUAAAUAGGUACCGCUCUGGCGGGAAGGUAAACAGCGUUUCCGUACGCUGCUCUGGUUCGCCAGAAGCGGCUUAGUCAUGCUGGCCACAUGACCCGGAAGCUGUACGCCGGCUCCCUCGCCAGUAAAGCGAGAUGAGGGCCGCAACCCCAGAGUCGGCCACGACUGGACCUAAUGGUCAGGGGUCCCUUUACCUAAGGAAAAGGGGGACAUUCCGGGAUCAAAACAGAAAUGGACGGCUUCUGUACAUACAGGUCUGUCCCUGGAAAAUAGGGACACUUGGAGGGUCUGAAAACAGUUAUUGGUUGUUAAAUUUGAACAACAACAACAACAACAAUAAAUAUGUUAGGGAAGGCCACCUCAGAGCAUGUGCAGAGCACCCCCUCUGAAAGGAGCCAUUUCCCUCCUGCUGCUCAGCUUUGUGUCUUUUCCAUCUCUCACCUAGCGAGCUCCCCUUGCGCGCCCAAGCAUGUCGGCCCUGGUGCCAUGGUGUGCGUCUGCAACGCAACUUACUGCGACAUGAUGGGCCCCCUCUCCCUCCCGCCCGAGGGCACCUUCGUCAAGUACCUGAGCAGCAAGGCUGGCAAGCGCCUGGAGCGAAGCAAAGGGAAGCUUUUGGCAAACAGGAAACGCUCAGGUAAGGAGGGCCUUCUCUAAACAGGUGGGUUGGAGGAAGAAACAUGCCACUCCAUCAGGCUUUCUCUUCCUCCGCUGUUGCCUGGGAGUAGCUGUGCCACCAGACUGCCUCAGCGAGAGAGAUGGGAAGUGAGGCUCAUCAGCCAUCCCCAAAGCCCAGCUCCAUCAAGUACUUCUUGUCCCUGAGCUGUGCCAGCUGGUCAUUAUAACUGCCUAAUAACUGGUGCCCGAUUUAAUUUCCUACUUUCUUCCCUUCUUGUCCCGUCUCUCUUGCAUGUCAUGUUUUCUUAGACUGUAAGCCUGCAGACAAGAACUGCAAUGCUUUAAUUUCUUGCAUGUUUUUAUUUAAAUUGCAUUCAAUUUCUUCAUGCAUAGGGACGCGGGUGGCACUGUGGGUUAAACCACAGAGCCUAAGGCUUGCCGAUCAAAACGUCCGUGGUUUGAAUCCCUGCGAUGGGGUGAGCUCCAGUUGCUCGGUCCCUGCUCCUGCCAACCUAGCAGUUUGAAAGGACGCCAGUGCAAGUAGAUAAAUAGGUACCGCUCUGGCGGGAAGGUAAAUAGCGUUUCCGUGCGCUGCUGUGGUUCGCCAGAAGCGGCUUAGUCAUGCUGGCCCCGUGACCCGGAAGCUGUACGCCGGCUCCCUCGGCCAGUAAAGCGAGAUGAGCGCCGCAACCCCAGAGUCGUCCACGACUGGACCUAAUGGUCAGGGGUCCCUUUACCUUUACGCCUUUUUUUUUGAGCAGGGUACAAACGCUCUCAAUAAAUAUAGAUCGAUAUAAGAAGAAUUUGGGGUUGGCUUUGACAGACGAACUCUUUAAGUUCAUUAUUGGUCAGAGGAGAAUGAGUGGAGGCAGGAACCAGUCAAAGCAAGGAAGAUGUUUAUUUUUCUGUUGCAACAGAGUCACCCCCACCUUGCAAGAGGGUGAGGGGAGCCAGAACAAAGAUGUGUGACCAUUUUUAAGGGCUUCAGAAAUUGCCCAGCCCCUUAGCCAAAGACCACCUACAAGCACGUCUACAACAGAGAGAGUGUGGCUUGUUUCCUGUUUGUCAAGAUACCUGAUAAUUCUUUCUGACUGUCCCAUCUUGGCCUGUUUGGGCCACUGUUUUGAAAUGGUAAAUACAGCUUAGUUCUUGAAUUGUCCCAGAGCUCCUCUAUUCAUGUGAGAAGUCCAUCCACGCUCAGGAACUUGGAAGGAUAUUGCAAGUGAAAAGAACCAUUGGGAAAUGUUUUUCCUUCUACUGCAGAGAAAAUAAUCUGGGGUCAUUUUUUAAGAGAGCCAACAUGGCUUUGGGAUUAAAAGGUAAAGGGACCCCUGACCAUUAGGUCUAGUCGUGACAGAUUCUGGGGUUGCAGUGCUCAUCUCGCUUUAUUGGCCAAGGGAGCCGGCAUACAGCUUCCAGCAUGACUAAGCCGCUUCUGGAGAACCAGAGCAGUGCACGGAAAUGCCCUUUACCUUCCCGCCGGAGCGGUACCUAUUUAUCUACUUGCACUUUGAGGUGCUUUCGAACUGCUAGGUUGGCAGGAGCUGGGACCGAGUAACGGGAGCUCACCCUGUCGUGGGGAUUCGAACCGCCGACCUUCUAAUUGGCAAGUCCUAGGCUCUGUGGUUUAACCCACAGUGCCACCUGUGUCCUGGCUUUGGGAUUGCUCUCCUGCAAUACCUCAGACAUGCGGUUUAUGAGCAUAAGUAUGCAUGUUUACCUUGUGCACUUAGGAACAUUGAUUUUAUUUGUGACGCUUUAGAAUUUUUAUAACACAAUAAAGGACAGCGUACCACAUUUGGCCAAAUCCUGAACCACAUCAGGCCAAUUUGCGGGGCAAGGAGGAUUGAUUCCACGUUGAUCCCAGAAUACCUGCGUCAGGGCGGGCCUCCUAUGUCGAUCCCUAACAUGCUGGCGAAACAAAACCUGGCAGGAGUCAACAGAGCCGUCUUUAGCAUAAGUGCCGCCGGGGUGCAGAGAUCUGCCCAGCGCCCCCAAAUUUAGUUUAGCCCCCAUGAAUUUCUAAUUACUCCAAAAUGUGUUUCUCGCUUAGCAUUUGUCGCAAAAUGAAGAAAAAAUGCAGCUUGCGGAAUUCAUAGUGUGUGUGCGCUCUAGGUGCUUUUUUGCGGAAAUUGAAAACUAAAAUCGAUUGCUGAAACGCACGUGAAGUAGAGCCCUAAGUACUAAGUAGUUAGUCAAAGAAAAUGCCGACAAUUAGCGAAAAUAAACAUUAUUUUUAUAAUGAAUUCUCUAAAUGAAUUUGAACUGUAAGUGAUGACAUUAAAACACAAUUUGCAAUGUUUCACUCGGGGUCAGCGGCACCUUUGGCACGACUGAUCUCGGCAGCGUGAGAUCAGUCGUGUCAAAGGUGCAGCUGACCCCACGGCUGCUGCUGGGCGCCCCGCAGAAUUCGGUGCCCGGGUGCCCCACACCCCUUGCACCCCCGGGUAAAGACGGCCCUGGGAGUCAACCCUCCUGCUCUCAGUCAGGGCGGAGGAAGAAGAAGUAGCAACUCUUUCUUACCCCAUCCCACCGCAAUGGACAUGGGGCGAUUCUGGGCUGGGUUAGAGGCAAUUGGGGGCCAAGAUCGGGUCAGAGGGAAGCAGGCUACGAGCAGCUCUAGUAACCUCUUCUUCUCCCAGACCUAACUCACUCCCUCCAUCUCUACCUCCUCUGAAGGGCUCCUGUAUUCCUACAAUCCCUGCGUUCACUACCAGUGUAUUAAAGGUUUUGGUGGCUCCCACACAGACUCAUCCUCAAUUAAUAUCCUGCAGUUGUCUCCACCAGCCCAAGAGCGCCUGCUCCGGUCCUACUUCUCCAAAGACGGUAAGCAAAUCCAGAGGUUUGUAUUUUGUAUUUAUUUAAUCCAUAAAUCGAUUCACUUAAAGUCCCCUGUUUCCCUCCCCAUCUCGCUGCAGGCAUCGAGUACAACCUUUUGCGCUUGCCCAUUGGCUGUUCGGACUUCUCCACUCGCCCGUACUCUUACGACGACGACUGCCCCGACGACUUUGAGCUGAAAUGUUUCAGCCUGGCGCAGGAGGACACCAGGUUCAGAGUGAGUGGAGCCGGCUUGAAAGAGGAGGCCUCUGGUCCCCUCCUGUGGUUCUCCCAGAUACCAAUAGCAGACUCCCUUCUCCAGGGGCCAACCUGAGGUCACAUUCACACCACAAAAAUGAAAGCUUUAUGCUGAUGCUUUCAACAGCCACGAAAGGCUUCUGACUGACCCUAAGGACUCUCAGCACCCUUAACAAAACUGCAGUUCAGGCUUGUUUUACAACAACGAAGAGCUAAAGUUACAACGAGAAAUUCUGUUUUAAAAACUGAAAUGUAGCUUUGUGGAACAGCCACAGGACAGUUCGUGAAAAUUCACCAGUGUUUUAAGAUGCACUUUCCCCCUAAAGUACCUUGGAUCCUGAACGCCUUGCGAGUCGAACGUUUUUGGCUCCCGGACGCCGCACACCUGGAAGUGAGCGUUUCGGUUUGCGAAUGCUCUUUUGGAAGCCGAACGCCCGAUUUGGCUUCCGCGGCUUCCAAACGUUUUGGAAGUCAAACGGACCUCCAGAAUGGAAUCUGCUCGACUUCCGAGGUACCACUGUACACAUUUCUGCAAGUAGAUUUCCCUAACAUAAUGUAUUUCUGUAUCUUAUUUUCAUGAAUGUAUACAUAUUCAUAUAAUAUACAUAUGCAUAUGUUCAUACAUAUAUAUAUAUAUAUAUAUAUAUGUAUGUAUAUACAGUACCUCGGGUUACAGCCGCUUCAGGCUGCGUUUUUCCGGGUUACGGAUCGCCAAAACCCGGAAGUACAGGAACUGGUUACUUCUAGGUUUUGGCGGUCGCACAUAUGCAGAAGCGCUAAAUCGUGCUUUGCGCAUGUGCAGAAGCACCAAAUCGCAACCCACGCAUGCGCAGACGCUGGUUGCGAACGGUACGGGUUGCGAACAUGCAUCCCGCACAGAUCAUGUUCGCAACCCGAGCGUCCACUGUAUAUACAUAUGUAUACAAUAUGGAUUUCCCACCCCAACAUUUCCCCCUAAAACACACGUUUUGAUAAACGUUAUUUGGUUUAUUGCAAAUUUAAGAGAAGUGCCCAUUCCGGCGGAUAUUUCUCUUCCUCAGCCCAUGCGUAUUAGUGCGUGUUGCGCUGAAAGACAAAAACCAAACCGGAUUUCGCCUCCAUCCCUACACACACCCUCAAACUGCAAAUCCCCUCAGUCCCCAGGGGCUUAUGCAAUUCCUCCAGAGGCUACUCAGGAGAGGAGAGCCUGGCCAAUGGGGUGACUUUUUGUGGGGCUGUGGAUGUUGCCAGACCCCCAAACCCAACUUGGAAGUCUAUAGGGAUUUUCCUGCUUGCCCCCACCCCCCCAGGUGGAUGAGAGCACAAUCUCCACCCGGCCUCCCUAAGCAGGUUAAGAAGGAAGGAUCCCCUCCCUUCGCUGGACCUUUAGCAAAGGUUUGCCUCCAUUUCCAUCCAGCAAUGUAAAUUCCUCGUUUAGACCAGGCUUCCUCAACCUCGGCCCUCCAGAUGAUUUUGGCCUACAACUCCCAUGAUCCCUAGCUAGCAGGACCAGUGGUCAGGGAUGAUGGGAACUGUAGUCUCAAAACAUCUGGAGGGCUGAGUUUGAGGAAGCCUGGUUUAGACACUGCAUUUUAAAUUUGAAUGCCAUGCCCCCAGGGACUGCGCUCCAUGCUUAACCUGCCCCGCUCGAUGACGUCCCUGGGGCUGGCCCCCUAGGCCUCAGGUAUGGGCCCUAAUAUUGAAGCACGUGAAAAUAUAGUGGUACCCACUUAGGGCGGAACAAGGACCAGACAGACACAGCUUUGGAGAAAAAGAAGGUGAGGGUUUAUUGCUGAGCAAUAAUGGACCCAGUUGGAAUCUUUUCCAAAAGACUGGGACCCCGAAGCAUACAAAUCCUGAGGUUAUAUACCUGAGCAAAUCACAGAUCAUGAGACAAUCAUGAGAGAGUCACGCACGCCAGCGAAAAAUAACCAAUUAGCGCCUCUUGCCAUGCCCCUGGCCGUGCACAGAGUUCACUCCCAACUUCUGCUUUCCAUUGUCUGCACAAUGGACCUUUUCCCUAGUUCUGACAGUACAGGGAAAUGAGACUUAGGCAGGGAAUCUCCUGGCGCUACCUCCCCCUAUGCAUUCUGCCUCAUGUAGGGAGUUUUUGUGGUUUGGCCCUUCCUGUUUCGUGGACUAUUUUAUCCUGGAUUUGAGGGGGAGUUUGUACCAGUGUCUUCUGAUUCAUGGCUUCCCCUUUCCUCUAGGGUGCAAGGAUGUUUCUAGGUAAAAGGUCGGUUCUGGACUUGUGGUUCCAAGCAGUUUGCAGUUAGCUUAGGCAAAAGCUUUUCUUGAUUCAAAUGGAUUAUAAAAUCACUGUAAGCCCUGUUAUGUGUGAGCAUAUAUGAAUAUAUUGAUUACUGAUAACUGAUUAUAUGAAUAGCAUAAGGGUAGCCCACCUUUUCUUGCUUCAAUAUCUCUGGGAUGCUCCUGGAUCUGCUCACUGGAUCCCCAUCACCUCUCCCCGUAGAUCCCUCUACUUCAACGCAUCCUGGCCUUAUCUAAGCGACCCCUCUCCCUUAUUGCCAGUCCGUGGUCUAGCCCAGGUUGGAUGAGAGUCAACGGCAAGGUGGAGGGCAAAUCGAGGCUGAAGGGGAAAGCCGGAGACAUGUACCACAAAACGUGGGCCCACUACUUCGUCAGGUAACACCCGUUGGUCCACCAGCGCAGAUGCGCACACACGUUCUUUGGAGAAAGGGAGGAUGGGAUGAGUCGUGCCACAGAGACCCGUGGCUUGGAGCUGCCUCAAACAGCCCAACGCUGCUGGCGCCCUGACCCCGAAUUGAGACGUGGGGGUACCCGAGACGCAGGCCAAGCGGUUAAUGCAAUUUCACAUGCAAUCCCAAAUUACCCCAACAAGAACUUGGGGGGGGGGAGGGCAAAUGCUCCACUCAGCAGAAGGAGAGAUCCCCCCAGAAUAACAAGGCUGGCUUAUUGCAAUUUGAGCAUCUCAUGCUGUUGUUUAUGUGGUAAUUCUACUUUACAGAGUUGUGUGGAAUUCGUUUGACCCUGUUUAGUCGUACUGUUUUUCUCUCGGGGAGGUACUUGGCUUAGAGCCGUGGUUCCCAACGUGGGGUACAGGCCCCACAGGAGGGCAAUUUGAUUUGGGGAGGGGGCAAUUUGAGAAUGAGUUAUUAACAGUGAAUGGCAUUUUAGGCUUCCUCCACAUGAAUAGUUCACUUUUUUAAUAAUAAAAAUUAUAUGUCACAGGUGUGUGUGUGUCAGGAUAUUAUUAUUAUUAUUAUUAAUAAUAAUAAUUAUUAAUAAUUAUAUUAUUAAUAAUAAUAAUAAUACCCCACUCAUCUAGCUAGGUUUUCCCAGCCUCUCUGGGUGGCUCCCAACAGGAUAUUAAAAACACAAUAAAACAUCAAACAUUAAAAACUUCCCUAAACUGGGCUGACUUCAGAUACCUUAUAAAGGUUAGAUAGUUGUUUAUUUCCUUGACAUCUGCUUAGGUGGGGCAUGGCCAAAAAAAAAAAAAAAGGUUGGGAACCACUGGUUUAGAGUUUAAAAGAACACAUGGCUUUGACUCGGCAUAUUUGUCCUUGUCAGAUUGAAUGUACAAGGCAGGUAGAUAAUAACUUGUGUCUCUGAAACAUGUUUACUUGAAUUCAUAUCUGAGACUGGCUAAUAUUUGCAGACUGACUCUGAGGCACACGGCCGCAUGCAAACCGCACGCCUGCUGCUCUCACAGUUAAAACUCACUCAGCGGUCGAUAGCUGAGCGAACUGACCAAACUGCCUUCUGUGGUGAGACAUCCUUAUGCUACAGAAUUAACCCUUUGCGUAGUAUUUUGGAUGCACCAUUCGCACAGUUUAAAGCCCUGAACAAACACAGUCGGAGGCAGUGCCGUGGGAGGCGAUUUUCGUUUAAAAUAGCUCAACAGCUUUGCCAAAAAAAGAGAGCCGGAUUUUCACUGUUGGGAAUAUGGCAACCCUCGCAGGUGGCAGCCUGGGAGAGGGCCUUCUCUGUGGCAGCCCCUAAAUUGUGGAAGUUCCUGCCCACAGAGAUCCAACUGGCACCUUCAUUAUGCAGCUUCUGUCAAAUGCCGAAGACGCAUCUCUUUGCCCUGGCUUUUGAGACCUGAGCUGUAUACCGUAAUUUUUGCUCUAUAAGACUCACUUUUUCCCUCCUAAAAAGUAAGGGGAAAUGUGUGUGCGUUUUAUGGAGCGAAUGUAGGCUGCGCAGCUAUCCCAGAAGCCAGAACAGCAAGAAGGAUCGCUGCUUUCGCUGCACAGCGAUCCCUCUUGCUGUUCUGACUUCUGAGAUUCAGAAUAUUUUUUUUAUUGUUUUCCUCCUCCAAAAACUAGGUGCGUCUUGUGGUCUGAUGCGUCUUAUAGAGCGAAAAAUACGGGGGUUUUUUUUAGGACCCACCUUUUUUCAAGUUUUUUCAAACUGUUUUUAAUAUUGUGUUGUAACCCACCUUGGGAACUUAGGGCAAAGGGUAGUUAAAAUAAUAAUAAAUAAUAAUAAUAAUAAUAAUAAUAAUAAUAAUAAUAAUAAUAAUAAUACUCUCCCCAUCCGACUGGGUUUCUCCAGCCACUCUGGGUGGCUUACAGCAUAUAUAAAAACAUAGUAAAAUGUUGUUAUUAUAUGCACUAUAUGGUGUAUAUUUGAUGAUGGGAUAUAUUAGCUGAUGUGAAAUAUUCAAGUGGUCAGAUCACAGUGCAACAUUCUGCCUCCUGGUGGAAAAACAUACACAAAUAAUCUGCACUUUAAAUGUACAUCACGACAUCUAGUGGCAUCAUCUAUUAGUUUCCAAGUAAAUAACACUGCAAAAGUCCAACUUGUGCAUUUGCAUCAUCAGUGCACAGCAAGAUCUGGUUAAAAGAAAUGAACCAGAGUAAUAGACAUAUUUCCGAUUUCAGCAGCUUCCGCACUGUAAAAGUGUCUGGGAAAGUGGAAGAUGUAACGUUAGCAGCAGGCGGAAUAGGGCUAUUGUAGCUGAAGGCAAUGGGACGCGGGUGGCGCUGUGGGUUAAGCCACAGAGCCUAGGACUUGCUGAUCAGAAGGUCGGCGGUUCAAAUCCCCGUGACGGGGUGAGCUCCCGUUGCUCGGUCCCUGCUCCUGCCAACCUAGCAGUUUGAAAGCACGUCAAAGUGCAAGUAGAUAAAUAGGUACCGCUCCAGCGGGAAGGUAAACGGCAUUUCCGUGCGCUGCUCUGGUUCGCCAGAAGCGGCUUAGUCAUGCUGGCCACAUGACCCGGAAGCUGUAUGCCGGCUCCUUCGGCCAGUAAAGCGAGAUGAGCGCCGCAACCCCAGAGUCGGCCACGACUGGACCUAAUGGUCAGGGGUCCCUUUACCUUUACCUAGCUGAAGGCAACUUCAGUUCCAUUCAUAGGAAUUAAUGCAAUGCGGUACUUAAAAGUCCAGAAUGUUAGACAUAUAUUAAGAGCUUUUGUCCUCCGAUGUCAACAGACAGAAAUUUCUCAGGUCCUGCCAACACUUUUACCAGAACCCCCUUCAUGGAGGACAAAGUAGUAGCAGCAGCAACAACAAGAACAACUAAUAAUAAUACUAAUACAGUGGUACCUCGGGUUAAGUACUUAAUUCGUUCCGGAGGUCUGUUCUUAACUUGAAACUGUUCUUAACCUGAAGCACCACUUUAGCUAAUGGGGCCUCCUGCUGCCGCUGUGCCGCCAGAGCACGAUUUCUGUUCUCAUCCUGAAGCAAAGUUCUUAACCUGAAGCACUAUUUCUGGGUUAGUGGAGUCUGUAACCUGAAGCGUAUGUAACCUGAGGUAGCACUGUAAUACUAAUAAUAAUAAUAAUCUGCAGUAAAGAAGGUUCUAUGCCCAUUACCAACAAAACUUUAAAUUCUAAAGGAUGAAGGCCUGCAUUAGGACUUUUAACCCCAAAGUCCAGGAUUACUCAACUGCUCCACUGCCUCUUUGUAAGCAAAAGGAAUAGAAACUUUAAUCUAAAUUUAAAGCUGAACAUUUGGGGAUGGGGUAGAAAAUCCCUGAGACCCUCGCAACCCCCUCCCAAAACAUAGCUCUGGCCCUUUUCAUGUACUGAGCGCCGGGGCUAACAUCCCCUCUUUCCUCCAUCUGUUGGGUCCAGGUUCCUGGAUGAAUACGCCAGACACAACAUCACCUUCUGGGCGGUGACACCCCAGAACGAGCCCAACAGUGCUGUCCUCUCGCCCAGUGGCGACUUCCCCGUCAACCGCCAGACGGCCGAAGAGGCGCGAGACUUCAUCAUCCUAGACCUGGGCCCUGAACUGGCCGCCAGCUCCCACAAAGAUGUCCUGCUCAUCAUGUAUGAUGACCAGAGGUCCGAAAUCCUCGACUGGGCCAAAGUGGUAGGUCCCCAGUUCACUAUCUCCCAUUAAAGCGGCGCUCGAUCAAAGCGGUGCCAUAGUGCCUGAAAUGCAGGGUGGGAGUGUGGCCUUGCAAUUGUUGACUCCACCUAAAAUUGGCUCUGGGUCUGCCUGCUGUUUGGCUCCCUGGUGUCCGCCUCCACCAGAUCCCAAUGAGCAGGCAGGCCGCAUGGCGAUCUGAAAUGCCAGUUUGCCAUCCAAACUGGCCCACAUUUUAAUCUGAGGAAUUCAAGGUGUUACUGGCUGGGGGGAAGCGAAGGUCACAGAAAUACUCUGUACAUGUUCAGAGGGGCUACUGCCACCUCUUCAUUCCCUCGCACGUUACCGGGUAGGACUCUAAGUGCUGGGGAGCAACCCUCCUUCCCUUUCCUCCUGCCCUCCUCUCACCCACCACGGCCGCUGGCUCCAAUCUGCACCAUGGCCCUUUUAAGCCCAUGCCCUUCUGUAUCACUCUGUCUCUCUGCCUCUGGUUCACAGCGGAGCCCUGGCAAAUGACAUCAUCAGGCUGCGUUGCCCAGUCUGGAGCGGACAACUGUAUUGUGAGGGGCUGAGAGGCAGGAUCCAUGUGGACCGGGCCACAAGCACUUACCUUGCUGCUCCAAAAUCCCACAAACCCACUUGAUGUAAUAAAAAAACUAUGGGAGGACGACAUAGGCUAUUGGAUUAACCCCACCCAAUGGCCUAGAAUGUGGUCUAAACCUCCCUUUAAACCCGUAUCAGCGAAAAGGAAAGAACUCACCCUGAAACUCACUUACAGCUGUUACCAAGGAAACGAGCACUAAUACGCCCAGGAACCUCACCAAAUUGCUGGAGAGGGUCACCUCCACAGGCACAUACCUCCACGUGUGGUGGGAAUGUCCCAAAAUCCAACUCGUCUGGACAGCAACAUAGCUGUCAACCGUCCCUUAUUUGGCGGGAAAAUCCCUUAUCCCAGCGCCGUGUCCCACUGCUGUCCCUUAUUGAUGAUGUCCUUUAAAUUUCCCGGGUUUCAAAGGAAGCAGCUCCUCUUCCUCCCUCCCCACCGGUCAGGGAGGAGGGAGGCUCCCACUGUGUUGCUUGGCUGCGUUGCUCACCCAAUAAGGAGUCUAAGAACGACUGGGGGGUGGAGCUUGCAUGCCUUGUGCUGAUCAAAUCAGCUGCGUUGCCUGGGGACUCGCCUUUGCUCAGCGCUUCCCAGCGGAGAGGUGACGGUAGUUUUCCUUGCUGCAUCCCCUUUGCCGGGUUGCUGUGCUGUGGGAACCACCGCUUGAGGCUUCGUUUGGCUGCUGGUUGACUAAAAUCCCUUAUUUUGGCUGCUGAGCCCUUAUUUUCGAGACUGCUGGUCCCUUAUUUUCAAAUCUGUAAGUUGACAGCUAUGGACAGCAAUCAUACAAGAAAUAUGCAAAAUAACCAAGCAAGUAUUAGAGGUCACCUCAGAACUGGCCCUACUAAACAUGUUCCAAGAUAAUAAUGCCCACUCACUUCAUGAAGAGCUCAUAACCCACCUACUCUCAGCAGCUGCAAACAACAUAGCCAGACACUGGAGAGACCUGUCAGGAGUAAUCAUGGACCAAUGGUAUCAAAUACAGUGGUGCCCCGCAAGACGAAUGCCUCGCAAGACGGAAAACCCGCUAGACGAAAGGGUUUUCCGUUUUGGAGGUGCUUCGCAAAACGAAUUUCCUAUGUGCUUGCUUCGCAAGACGAAAAUGUCUUGCGAGUUCCUGCGGGGUUUUUUCCUUCCCCCCUUUUCCCAAGCCGCUAAACCGCUUAUCAGCUGAUCGGCUAAGCCGGGUAACAGCUGAUCGCUAAGCCGAUUAUCAGCUGAUCGCUAGCCGCUUAUCAGCUGAUCGUUAAGCCGCUUAUCAGCUGAUCGUUAAGCCGCUUAUCAGCUGAUCGUUAAGCCGCUAUCAGCUGAUCGCUGCCGCUAUCAGCUGAUCGCUAAGCCGCUUAUCAGCUGAUCCGCUAAGCCCACUAAGCCGCUAAUACUGUAUCGCUAAUCCGCUAAACCACUAAUGGGCUUGCUUCGCAAGACGAAAAAACCCGCAAGACGAAGAGACUCGCGGAAUGGAUUCUUUUCGUCUUGCGAGGCACCACUGUAGUAUGAGAAACAGCCUUAUUAGAAAAACUAACCGAUAAACUGAAACAGACAGGGGGCCAAAUAGAAGAGGACACCUUCACCCCGGUAUGGCUCUCCUUCAUCACAUACAUAGUCCAACAAAAAUCGCCAAUAGCAUAUGAAUCAAUCUGGCUAACCUGAUUCAAACACACACACACACACACCCCACUCACACACAUAAACAAAUCUCACUACAGGCAACCAAAGACAACCAACCACACCCUGGGCCACCCCAACCACUCUCACCACCAAGGAUACACGACGAGUGAAUAGUAAGAGAACCCAUACAAGUAACACUGACACAAAACUCCAUACAUACACUAAGUAGAAGAACAGAAACAUAACCACCCCACCGCACCCCACUCACCAUUUCCCCUCUCCCCCCCUCUUUUAUUCCUAGGUAAAGGGUAAAGGGACCCCUGACCAUUAGGUCCAGUUGUGGCCAACUCUGGGGUUGCGGCGCUCAUCUCACUUUACUGGCUGAGGGAGCCGGCGUACAGCUUCCGGGUCAUGUGGCCAGCAUGACUAAGCCGCUUCUGGCGAACCAGAGCAGCGUACGGAAGCGCCGUUUACCUUCCCGCCGGAGUGGUACCUAUUUAUCUACCUGCACUUUGACGUGCUUUCGAACUGCUAGGUUGGCAAGAGCAGGGACCGAGCAACGGGAGCUCACCACCGUAGCGGGGAUUCGAACCGCUGAUCUUCUGAUCAGCAAGUCCUAGGCUCUGUGGUUUAGCCCACAGCGCCACCCGCUUCCCCUUUUAUUCCUAACCUAACAUUAAAAAGCAAGCAUUUACCUUGGAGACCCUGCCUAGCCUCUGCGAUCGGCCACCACCACCUCUCUCUCCCUCGCGGCGAUUUCAAGUCGUGAUGGCUUUACGAAUUCCAGGACCUCCCCGGCAAAACCGGGGCAGUUGAGGGGUGUGUAGCUGCACCCAAUCAUUUUGGAACGCUGCUUUUGACUCGGCACUCCAUCUUCUGUUUGCCUGAGCAAGGAGAACCACAUCAGCCUGCCAUUAUCUUUAAGGUGGGGUGGAGGGAUGGGAGACAAUAUUUUUAAAUUGCCCCCGCCCACUGCACAAGCCAAGGGAUAGGCAAAGGACACUCGAAUUCCUUCCUCCCUGGUGCAAAUAAGAAUGAAAGCUUUGGCCCUCGCCCCCUCCUUUGGCAGAUCCUUGGAAACAGCAGUUCCGCCAGGUACAUUGCAGGCAUUGGAAUCCACUGGUACUACGAUCCCACAACCCUUCCGAGCCUGACUUUGGAUCCCACACACUCCCUCUUCCCCAAUUACUUCCUGCUCUACACGGAAUCUUGUAACGGUUAUCCACCAAAUGUCGUGAGAGUGGACCUCGGGAGCUGGGACCGGGGCGUCAAGUAUAGCCAGAAUAUCUUGGAGGUAAGGUACUGCUACCCAUGGGCCCACUGUGGCAGCAACUUGAGAAGAGGGAGCUUUCCGAAAAUCUUCAUCUGAGGGGUGGGGGUGAGCGAACGCGCUGCGGUGCCCACGCAGGUUAGGGCUGGAUCUACACUCAUGUUCUUUAACGUUAAAGGUAAAGGGACCCCUGACCAUUAGGUCCAGUCAUGGCCGACUCUGGGGUUGCAGCGCUCAUCUCGCUUUAUUGGCCGAGGGAGCCGGCAUACAGCUUCUGGGUCAUGUGGCCAGCAUGACUAAGCCGCUUCUGGCAAACCAGAGCAGCGCACGGAAACGCCGUUUACCUUCCCGCUGGAGCGGUACCUACUUAUCUAUUUGCGCUGGUGUGCUUUCGAGCUGCUAGGUUGGCAGGAGCUGGGACCGAGCAACGGGAGCUCACCCCGUCACGGGGAUUCGAAUCACUGACCUUCUGAUCGGCAAGCCCUAGGCUCUGUGGUUUAACCCACAGCACCACCCGCAUCCCUUCUUUAACAUUAAGGGAGGGUUAAUGAAUGGUUUUGGCAACAUAGAUGGACAUACGACAUCCUACAUCUUUACCUUGAUGGGAAAAAGCCAAGGUAAAAAACAUUUUAAUGAACACGUGUGCUCUGUGAUGUUUUAGAACGGCAUACAGUGGAACCUCGUUUUUCAAACAUAAUCCAUUCUGGAAGACCGUUCAACUUCCGAAACGUUCGAAAACCGAGGAGCGAUGGGCAGUUGGCAAAAGCCAUUGAGAAAAAAAAGAAAAACACGCAGCAGAAGUCGUUCGAAAACGGAAGCAAUCACUUCCAGGUUUGGGCCAUUCAGCUUCCGAGAUACUUGAAAACCGAGGUUCCGCUGUAUCUAAUAUAAUUAUAAUAGCAGGAAAUAACGCUAAACAGGUCAGUGUAGAUCCAGCCCUGGAUGGAAGUGGUUUUGGGGGGGAAUCUGGCAGAAGUCCUUUCCCAGAGAUGGGACCCUUGGGACCUCUUGCAGGCUCUGCUGUGGAGCCCCCUGCCCCUUCCCCUUGGUGGGCCACCCCCUUCUCCCUCCCACCUCCCUGGCUGACCUAUGCCCUUUGAGCCCUUGCAGAACAUCAGCAACCAUGUUGUGGGUUGGAUCGACUGGAACUUGGCCCUGGAUAUGCGCGGGGGACCCAACUUCAUUGAGAACUUUGUGGACAGCCCAAUCAUCGUGAAUGCUGCAAAAGAUGAGUUCUACAAGCAGCCCAUGUUCUACCACUUAGCUCAUUUCAGGUAAGGCUUCAGAGGGUGACUUUGGCUGUAACUGCCCACCAAGGAUGCCCCUGAGGGUAAUCAAAGAAGCCCCGUCGCACCGGCAUAAUGUACCUUUUCAAGUAGCUAUCUUGGUUCUGGUAAUCACGACUGUUAAGUUGUGGGUGAACAUAUCAGACGACACAGCGAUUCUUCAAACAGCUCUUGUUUAUUCACAGGCCAGGACAGAACUGAACUGAAGGGUUUAGUCAGCCUGCUUAUACAGAGCUCCAGUACAACGUAACUGUAACAAUUUUCUAAAACUAUCCAAUCACUGAACGUCACUUUCGAUCCCUUAUUUGCAUAACUAUCUACAGUAGUAUCCCCCUGCUGGUCCAGGGUGAGAACUUCAGUACAUAACAACGAUAAUUAAAGCUUAAUUAAAAAUGCUAAUUGUCAUAAUUAUCUUGGGCUGUUAAUGCUGUGUGCGGCUCCGCCGUAGGCUCAGGUAACGAUAUAUGUGUAAACAAACCAUAUAUCAGCCUCCCUCAUUCCCAAAAAGAAACACAAACCUGGGUGUGCUCUCCUUAGAGAAUGGGGUAGCAUGGAACAAUACACACCUUCAUACAGACAGAAAGGUCAGUUUGCAUUUUGUAGUACAGAAAGUAUUGAUCGGAUGUGUAGAGACCUUUCCUAUUCUACUUAAUUCAAGAGAGUUCUGGAAGCUUCUCCGUGUGAAAGAAACAAGCAGAAGGUUCCUGAUGUUUGGGUUAUUCCUUCAGAGAAGCUGAGUACAGAUGGCUUAAACUGGUUCUCUUAUCUCUUUCUGUCAAGAUCAUGCUGACUAUAAAAAUAGACCGCAAGGAGCCUGGAUUUGACUUUCCAUCUCUUUUCCUUCCGGUGUGGUGUUCUGUUCAUAGUAUGCUAUAAUGUCAAGGUUUAGACUUAUUAUAAGUUAUUGUAAGUUUAAGUCUGCUGCAACUGGAUUUCUUACGGACAGUGCCAAUCCUGAAUGUAGUAGAUUUGUGACCAUUAUGCUCAUUUGCCUUCAGUAGCAGUAAAGCUCUGCUGGAUGAAAUAUUAAUUGCCUCUAGCCUAUUUUGGGGGGAAUCCUGCAACGUGUUUAAGUUGUUACUCUGCUAACUAUACGUCUGAGUUCUGCUCUGGAUCAAUCCUGAGUAGUAUUUCAAAGACAAGAUAUACUGGGGGUUGCCUCUCCUGGUCGCUACUGCCUACCCCUUGGCCCUUCUCCUACCCCUGACCAACCCCUCCCUUCACCCCUCACCCACCCCCUUGACUCCCCCUACCCCUCGCACCCCAAAUGUACUUUUUUAUGCAGAUGUGAAGAUAUACUGAUGACACGUGGUUGCUGUAUAGAGCACGGCGUCGAUCCUCUUUCCCCGCCACCCUCCUCCUAAUUUCUCUUUUCUCUCCCCAGCAAGUUCAUCCCGGAAGGCUCCGUCCGAGUCUUCCUGGCUUGCAAGAGCCUCCUGGGCAAGUGCCAACUACAGACCGAGGGCUUCUUACGCCCGGAUGGCGUGGCAGUGGUGGUUGUGCUUAACAAGUGAGUUGGGGAAGGAAGAGUAGGUUGCCUGGCUGUCAGCAUGUAUUUGGGGGCCCCGGGAGAACUUCGGGGCUGGAGCACGCAGCACAUUGCAGCAAAACUACGCAGUCGGUAGAGCAUGAGACUCUUAUAAUCUCAGGGUCUUGGGUUCGAGCCUGUGGGAAUGUUGAGGAACGUAGGCGAGGAUAUAUUGAUUAAAUGUUAUCCCUCCUCACUCCGGCUAGUGAGCAAGAAGCAGAACACAUUCCCUUGCACAUUGUUAGAAGCAAGUUGAUGGAUUUGUUAGAAUAAUAAUAAUAAUAAUAAUAAUAAUAAUAAUAAUAAUAAUACAUUUUAUUUAUAUCCCGCCCUCCCCAGCUGAAGCCAGGCUCAGAGCGGCUACCAACAGUAAAAUAAUGCAGCAUUCUAAAAUCAAUUCAUUAUAAAAUCAGUUUAAAUCAAAUUAAUGGCAACCAUUGGGCUAGAGUUCUAUGAGGAUCACCAAAGGAGGGGGUCAGGCUGUGCCUUGGCCAAAGGCCUGGUGGAACAGCUCUGUCUUGCAGGCCCUGCGGAAAGAUGUCAAGUCCCACAGGGCCCUAGUCUCUUGUGACAGAGCGUUCCACCAGAUCGGGGCCACAGCCGAAAAAGCCCUGGCUCUGGUUGAGGUCAGCCUAACCUCCCUGUGGCCUGGGACCUCCAGGAUGUUUUUGUUUGAAGACCGUAAGGUCCUCCGUGGGACAUACCAGGAGAGGCGGUCCCGUAGGUACGAGGGUCCUAGGCCGUAUAGGGCUUUAAAGGUUAAAACUAGCACCUUAAACCUGAUCCUGUACUCCAACGGGAGCCAGUGCAGCUGGUAUAGCACUGGGUGAAUGUGAUCCUGCAGCGAGGACCCCGUAAGGAGUCUCGCCGCGGCAUUCUGCACCCGCUGGAGUUUCCGGGUCAGUCUCAAGGGCAGCCCCACGUAGAGCAAGUUACAAUAAUCCAGUCUGGAGGUGACCGUCGCGUGGAUCACAGUGGCUAGGUCAGGGAGAGAGAGGUAAGGACGUAAAUUGAGCAAUGCAGUCUGGCUUGUCCAGAUUGGAUUGUUCCUGGUAAAUUCCCUCUUUUCCCUCUCUUAAAAAUAACAGCAACACAACAGUCUUCUUUAAAAGUAAUGGCAAAGUUUACUUACAUUCAGUUCACAGUAGUGUCCUGAAGGCAGGCUUUAAUCUUGUGGUUCCAGUUACAUUUCGACCUUGUGGCUUCCAUCCUCUGUAAGGAUGAGCCUUGUGCUGCUAGCUAAGAGCCAGCAGAGAGGAAGAUGGCAAAAGAGGAAAUGGGAAAAGGCGAAAAGAGGAAGAUGGCUGCGUGAUUAGCCCUUUUAUAGGGUCUCCCAGAGUCACGCCCAUCUACACAGGGAGAGGAGGCUCCAGAACAGGUAUGACAGGAAGUCCUCCCUGUCUGGAGCAACAUUCCCCUGUGCGUCCACUCUAGGAAACAGGAAAUGUUAUAUUUGACUGCUACAGUGAUGAUACAUCCCACAGAGCCCCAUGUUGGGCUAAGGAUUCCUGCAUUGUAGGGGGUUGGGAUGGAUGACCCUCGUGGUCCCUUCCCACUCUACAAUUCUACGACGGUAAUCUAUGACCUAGGAGACCCCAUGCUACAGCCUGAGGCUAGCUGCUGCUGGGCUGCGGCUUUCAGCUGCAUGCACAGUCUUCUGAAUAGUGAUAAACAAAUAUUGGGUGCUCUGACCCAGAUGGAGACUCAAGCUUCAUCCUGGCUCUCUAGAACAGGCCAGACAAACUUGAAGGCUUCGGUUCCGCCCUGGAGAUCUGGCAACCCUACCUCUUGUUGAAAGCUAGGCAGUUUGCAUCUCCCCAUCAGCUGCCUCCCUUUUGACUGCUGGCUUGUUGGGACUCAGAUAUACCGUAUUUUUCGCUCCAUAAGACGCACCUAGUUUUUAGAGGAGGAAAGGGGGAAAGCCCCGUUUUGGGGGGGAUCAGCUCACAGUUGUGCAGCUUCUUUUGCAAAGCGGAAAAGCUCUAUUUUUUUGAGGAUCAGCUCAAAGUUGUGGAGCUUACUUUGCAAUGGGGGAAAAUCCUGUUUUUAUGAGGUUCAACUCACAGUUCUGCAGCUUCUUUAGGAAAGGGAGCUGUUUCUACAGUUUCCAGACAGAUAAUCUAAUCAGCCAGUCACAUGUGGCUGGGGAAACAAACAGCCUCCGUCUGCAGAACAUUCAACAAUGGAGGCCUGGGCAAGGGGGUGGGGCCAGAAAGGGAGCCAGCGAUUGACCACACAUUUGCUCCAUAAGACGCACAGACAUUUCCCCCAACUUUUUAGGAGGAAAAAAGUAUGUCUUAUGGAACGAAAAAUACGGUACCUUUUUUUCCUGCCUGCCCCCCACAUUGCCACCUGGGCUCAUCACCUGGCGCAUAGACCAUGGGUUCACCUAGCUCAGAACUGUCUGCGGGGACUGGCACUGGCUUUCUAGGGCAUUCAAAGCCCUGCCUGGAGAUGCCAGGGAUUAUACUAGGGCACCCCUUGCAUGCCCCAUCUGCCCACUUCCCAGUAGUGCAGAAAUUCACCAGGAAGCCUGGGGCAACCCAGCCAGAUGGGUGGGUUAUAAAUAAUGAAAUUAUUAAAAACUAUAUAAAAUAUUUCUAGGGGUGCCCCUACCUUUUCCUGGCAACCCUGGUGGGGAUAGGGGUGGUUCUGUGCCCUGCGCCAUCCCAACCCCUGACCCAGACCUUUCCUCUGUCCCUCAGGUGUAUCUGGAAUGUGCCUUUCAGCAUCUCAGAUGGUCAGCUUGGCUACAUUGAGGAUGUGGCUCCGGCCAACUCCAUCCAGACUUACCUGUGGAAGACGUCCACUACCUGCCUCGGAGGAAAGGGGCAAGGGAAAUGCCUUCUCCCCACAAAGUGA